UGCGGCCGCCCCGCAGCUGAGGGAGAAGUGAAGAGCGCGCGAAGGGAGACCGACCGGCCGACUGAGCGGGCAGGCGGAGGGCGCAGCGGCGGCGAUCACCGACUCCGAUCCUUUUCCCUUUCCCCCUUUCCUUCCUAGCUUCACCUCACCGCCGCCGCCAACACCAUGGAGCUCAUUACGAUUUUGGAGAAGACGGUUUCCCCAGACUGCACCGAGCUUGAAGCGGCUCAGAAGUUCCUGGAGCAGGCAGCCAUCGAGAACCUGCCUACUUUCCUUGUGGAACUGUCCAGAGUGCUGGCAAAUCCAGGAAACAGCCAAGUUGCAAGAGUUGCAGCUGGUUUACAGAUCAAGAACUCUCUGACAUCUAAAGAUCCUGAUGUAAAGGCACAACAUCAACAGAGAUGGCUUGCAAUCGAUGCCAAUGCUCGCAGAGAAGUCAAAAAUUAUGUUUUGCAAACCUUGGGUACAGAAACCUACAGGCCGAGCUCAGCAUCACAGUGCGUUGCUGGCAUCGCCUGUGCAGAGAUCCCUAUGAAUCAGUGGCCUGAACUUAUUCCUCAGCUAGUAGCCAAUGUUACAAAUCAACUUAGCACAGAGCAUAUGAAAGAAUCAACAUUGGAAGCCAUUGGCUAUAUUUGUCAGGAUAUUGAUCCAGAACAGCUUCAGGAUAAAUCCAAUGAAAUUUUGACUGCUAUCAUCCAGGGCAUGAGGAAAGAAGAGCCAAGUAAUAAUGUGAAAUUAGCGGCUACAAAUGCACUCUUGAACUCUUUGGAAUUCACCAAAGCAAACUUUGACAAAGAGUCUGAAAGGCACUUUAUCAUGCAAGUAGUCUGUGAAGCGACACAGUGUUCUGAUACAAGGGUGCGAGUAGCUGCCUUACAGAACUUGGUGAAGAUUAUGUCCCUUUAUUAUCAAUACAUGGAAACAUACAUGGGUCCUGCACUUUUUGCUAUCACAAUUGAAGCCAUGAAAAGUGAUAUUGAUGAAGUGGCUCUACAAGGUAUAGAGUUCUGGUCAAAUGUCUGUGAUGAAGAAAUGGACCUGGCUAUAGAAGCUUCAGAAGCAGCAGAACAAGGACGACCUCCAGAGCAUACUAGUAAAUUCUAUGCCAAGGGUGCUCUCCAGUAUCUAGUCCCAAUUCUGACACAAACAUUGACAAAACAGGAUGAGAAUGAUGAUGAUGAUGACUGGAAUCCCUGUAAAGCAGCUGGGGUCUGCUUGAUGCUUCUGGCAACCUGUUGUGAGGAUGACAUUGUACCUCAUGUUUUGCCCUUCAUUAAAGAACACAUUAAAAAUAUAGAUUGGCGAUAUCGAGAUGCUGCUGUCAUGGCAUUCGGAUGUAUUUUAGAAGGCCCAGAACCAAACCAGUUAAAACCUCUUGUCAUUCAGGCUAUGCCUACUCUUAUAGAAUUAAUGAAGGAUCCCAGUGUUGUAGUCAGAGAUACAACCGCCUGGACUGUGGGUCGGAUCUGUGAGCUAUUACCUGAGGCAGCCAUAAAUGAUAUUUAUCUUGCACCAUUGCUGCAGUGUCUAAUUGAAGGCUUGAGUGCAGAGCCAAGAGUGGCCUCCAAUGUAUGCUGGGCGUUCUCUAGUUUGGCAGAGGCUGCUUAUGAAGCUGCUGAUGUGGCUGAUGAUCAAGAAGAGCCUGCAACAUACUGCUUAUCCUCAUCCUUUGAAUUAAUUGUUCAAAAACUUUUAGAGACCACAGACAGGCCUGAUGGACAUCAGAACAACUUAAGGAGUGCUGCAUAUGAAGCGCUGAUGGAAAUUGUGAAAAAUAGUGCCAAAGACUGUUAUCCUGCUGUUCAGAAGACAACUUUAGUUAUCAUGGAACGGCUGCAACAAGUGCUCCAAAUGGAGUCUCAUAUCCAGAGCACAAGUGACAGAAUCCAGUUUAAUGAUCUUCAAUCUUUACUUUGUGCUACGUUGCAGAAUGUCCUUCGCAAAGUCCAGCACCAGGAUGCUUUGCAGAUUUCAGAUGUGGUGAUGGCAUCUCUUUUGAGAAUGUUCCAAAGUACAGCAGGAUCAGGAGGUGUCCAAGAGGAUGCCCUCAUGGCUGUUAGUACUCUGGUAGAAGUAUUAGGAGGGGAGUUUCUCAAGUACAUGGAGGCCUUCAAACCUUUUCUGAAUAUUGGUUUAAAAAAUUAUGCUGAAUAUCAGGUCUGUUUAGCUGCAGUUGGACUAGUGGGUGACCUGUGCCGGGCUUUGCAAUCCAACAUUUUACCCUUUUGUGAUGAGGUUAUGCAGCUUCUAUUAGAAAAUUUGGGGAAUGAAAAUGUACAUCGGUCUGUUAAGCCACAAAUUCUCUCAGUGUUUGGAGACAUUGCUCUUGCAAUUGGAGGAGAAUUUAAAAAAUACUUAGACGUUGUACUAAAUACUCUACAGCAAGCUUCUCAAGCCCAUGUUGAUAAGUCUGAUUAUGACAUGGUAGAGUACCUGAAUGAAUUGCGGGAAACCUGUCUGGAAGCAUAUACAGGCAUUGUUCAAGGUCUGAAAGGAGAUCAAGAGAAUGUACAUCCGGAUGUGAUGCUGGUGCAGCCUAGAGUAGAAUUCAUCUUGUCUUUCAUUGACCACAUUGCUACAGAUGAAGAUCAUAGUGAUGGAGUUGUAGCCUGUGCAGCAGGACUGAUAGGGGAUUUGUGCACAGCAUUUGGGAAAGAUGUCCUCAAGAUGGUAGAAGCUAGGCCCAUGAUACAUGAACUACUAACUGAAGGAAGGAGAUCAAAGACGACCAAAACAAAAACCCUUUCUACCUGGGCCACUAAAGAGUUGAGAAAAUUGAAGAAUCAAGCUUGAUCUGUUACCAUUGGGAUGACACCUGAGACCCCCACUGGAAUUCUCCAAUCUAUUGAGGAAAAAAACCCAACCCGAAGUGAGGAGUGUGCACGGAUGCUGAGUGUUUGGGAAUGAGAGGAUGAGUGAGUGAGAGGCUUAAACACACCACGGUGAAAAUCCAGCCACGGCAAAUGGCAGAACCGCUGUUAAUGGAGCUAAUCACUGACUUGCGUAGCAACAAAACCUUGUCAUCGCUUGCCUCCAGGAAGUAGAAAAUGAUUGAGUUCUAUACUUCAGUGCAGUCUCUUCUGACAAGAGACAAGGACUAAUUCUGUGUCUUGGCCAGUGAAGAGGAAGAUUACUUAGUCUGGGAGAGAGAAAAGCUAGCUUCAGGUUCAAUUUGAGUACUCAUAUAAUAAGGUCUGGCUUUCGUUGCUAGAGAGGAGAAGGGGGGGGGUCCCCAACCCAUAACCUUUUAACCUCUUGGGAGGGAGGAGAGUUUUUAGCUGCACAACGCUGUCAGUGCACAAGAAAAAUAGGAGGGGUGAAGAAUUUUAUUUCAAGAAUGAGUGUGUGUGAAUGAGGCAGUAUCUACAUUCUCAAUUGCAGUUAAUCUUUCCCACAAGAAACACUGAAGAGAUUAGCAGUUGCAUUUCAUAAACUAACAAGUUCAGUCUACUUGAAGUGGCAGAAAAGCAAGAGAUUUGAAGGGGGAGGGGGGAAGAGAAGUUGCCCCAUGUAGGGCUUCUUUUUAGGGAAUUCUAGCUGGGAUGUUCAAAGCUCCCGUCGUGACACUUUUUUCACAAUCUUGUUUAUUAAAAAGCGCCUUUCCUUCAUGAAUUUUGUUCAACUGUGAAUGUAGAAACCCAGGGUUGGGUGGGGUGGGAGGUGGGUAGUGUCCAGAAGACUCUCACAUGUUAGUGGAGAGAUUAGGAUCAGUUUUUCCAAAUGGGAUGUGAAGCUUUGAAACAAUAUAACUUUGCUUUUAAUUCGUAAUAAUAAAAACAACCAAAAGGGACAAAACCCCUUUUGGUGUGAACAAAAUAGCCCGAACCACACAUAAUUGUGCCAAAGAAUUUUUAAAAAGCCUAAACAAACAAGAAACCUUUCAGGAAAUAUUUUGGAUUGCAAAAAUGAGAUUGACAUUCAAUGUUCAAACAAAGCAACGGAAAAAAAA